AUGGAUGUUAGUCAAAUGUUUAAGUUUGAUACAUCUUGUGUUGUUUUAAAUUGUGAUGUUAAAACGUGUGAACAUUUCAAUGCUGUGUUGGGGACUGUCUUUGAUAUUAAUAAUGAUUUAUCGAAAUUAGUUCAAGAUUGGAUUAACAAGUUUUCAGAAGAAACGUUGACCAACUGGAUUGUGUCUCGUAAAAUUAUAAACCCCAAAAGAUUUUUGUUUAAUAAAAUAUACAAGUGUCAACAUAAUGAAAAAAAUAAAUCAAAAAGCUUGGAAAUGAAAAUCAGAAUCUAA